AAGUGCCACCAACUCCACCCGUCUUUCUUUCUUUAUCUUCUCAACGCUCAAGUCUCACCUACCAUUUAGGCAACACUUCCCAAACCCAAACUCACAGAGACUGAGAGAGAGAGAGAGUGAGUUAGUGAGUGAAGCUUUUGCUUUGGUAGAGAAACACAAAAAAUUAAAAAAAAAUGGCUUCUUGUUCAGCCACCUCCGCCACUCUCUUAUCCUCAACACCAAAGGCUCUCUCUUCUACCAACCCCAUCUCUCAAACCCUAACCAUUCCCAAAUCCUUCAAUGGCCUCCGCAAACCCCUCAAAUCCCAACCCUCUCGCUCCAUUUCCCUCACUUCUCGCUCUCACUCGCGACGCACCACCAGCUUCGUUGUCAAGGCCUCUGUGUCUAACGAACUUCCACUGGUUGGAAAUAUCGCACCAGAUUUCGAGGCAGAGGCUGUUUUUGAUCAGGAGUUCAUCAAGGUUAAACUUUCUGAAUACAUUGGGAAGAAAUAUGUGGUUCUCUUUUUCUACCCAUUGGACUUCACAUUUGUCUGUCCCACAGAGAUCACUGCUUUCAGCGAUCGCCAUGCAGAAUUUGAGCAGCUAAAUACAGAAAUAUUGGGUGUUUCAGUAGACAGUGUGUUCUCGCACCUUGCGUGGGUACAAACAGACAGAAAAUCUGGUGGGCUUGGUGAUCUGAAGUACCCCCUGAUUUCUGAUGUCACCAAAUCAAUCUCAAAAUCCUUUGGUGUGCUAAUCCCAGAUCAGGGCAUUGCAUUGAGGGGACUUUUCAUUAUUGACAAGGAAGGAGUUAUACAACACUCCACCAUUAACAAUCUUGCCAUUGGGCGGAGUGUUGAUGAGACGAAGAGAACACUCCAGGCUUUGCAGUAUGUGCAGGAUAACCCAGAUGAAGUUUGCCCUGCUGGAUGGAAGCCUGGGGAGAAAUCCAUGAAGCCAGACCCCAAGCUCAGCAAAGAGUACUUCUCAGCAAUAUAGAGUGGGAUGAUCGGGUCUCUACCAUCAUGACCCCAGUUGCAUGUUUAUUUAAAUUAGUGAGGUGUAAUCGAGUUUUGUUUUUCAUGUAAUGUAUUUUCAGUUUUAAUGAAUUUUGAGCUGCAGUUUGUGGGAAUAAAUGCGUUAUUGACGGGACAAAUCCUGUUUUUUAUUUUUUGGGAAUUUAUUGUUGUAGCUAUGUAUAAUUGAUGAAUUACAUCCAUUAUUAUUAUUAGAGUUUCAAUCAUAAGCCAAUUAUGUUA